AUGCAGAAACGUAUUGGUGCACACUUACUCACCUAUCCCUCUCUUAUCUCUUCUGUUCCCAAGCCCAUACAAUACACCCCCUCUUUCUCUCUGCUACUCCAUCUCUUUCUGACUAUAUACAUUAACACUUCACCUUCACAUUUUCCAAUCACCAUAAACAAACUACUUUCUGAACUCUUUCUUCUUCAUCUUCUAAACUGUUACCUUUUGGUUCCAUUCAUCACAUUCACACUUCUUUGUUCAUCAAGGUGAAAGAAUAUGGAAGGUGGAAAUGUUGAAUCGAAUAAUGGAGAACUUAAAAGUACUAUCAAGUCAUUUCCAUGUCAAUUUUGUUCAAGAAAGUUUUACAGUUCUCAAGCUUUAGGGGGGCAUCAAAAUGCUCACAAGAAAGAGAGAACAGCAGCAAGAAAGGCUAAAAGGGCAGCUAAUGUCCAAUGCAAUUACUCUGCUUCUUUGCUUCCACAACCUCCAUUACUAUUUGCUCCCUCAAAUCAGAUUGGGAUUCUUAAUCCAUCUCUUUAUAUUACUGCUCAUGCAGCUAAUAUUUGUCAGUUUCAAAGUCAACAGUUUGGAUCUGAUAAUCUUAUGUACUACAGAGCCAACUACAUUAAUCAGAAUCCGUAUUAUCAGUUUGAUCAAGAAGAUGAACAUCAGCAAAGUUUCUUGAAUUCACCAGAAAAGAUGUUUGUGAUGAAUGAGAGUAAUAAGGAUAAAGAUGGUCAAAAGCUUGAUCUUUCACUCCAUUUAUGAUAUGAAUGAGUGUAAGUUUCCUAGAUAGGAAAGAACUAAGAAGAUGAUGUGAUGAUUGAUUUUAUGUUGUAGAAAGAGAACAGGGCAAAAAACGAAGAAGCUUUUUUUAGAUCUUUUCCACUUUUGGCAAGUUUUGGGAUUUCAGUUUUCUUGGAAUAAGGAAUGAGAGGAAAUGCCAUAUAUGGUGGCUUUUUGGGGGAAACAAAUAUGUAGUUAGAGAUAGUGUUAUGAGGAAACAUGUUUGCUUUUUGGAGAAUAAUUUGAG